GAAGGCCAUUUGUUGGAACAGGAGGGAGUUUCGUUCGUUUUUUUUUUUUUAUUCUUCGUUAUUUAUUUAUUUUUUGUAUCGCGUCAGUGCUCGGGGUUGGCAGAAAUACCCGAACGGGGGCUCACGGAGCACAGCCGGCAUAUCACCGCCUGGCAUGGCUUUCAGAAAGGACUCCACGGUGCAGGAUAGGUACCGGCUGGUGGUGGUAGGUGGCGGCGGGGUUGGCAAGUCGGCGCUGACCAUUCAGUUCAUCCAGUCCUAUUUUAUAACUGAAUAUGACCCUACAAUUGAAGAUUCCUAUACCAAGCAGUGUGUAAUAGACAACAGAGUUGCAAAGUUGGAUAUUUUAGACACUGCAGGACAAGAAGAAUUUGGAGCCAUGCGAGAGCAGUACAUGAGAACAGGAGAAGGCUUUUUGCUGGUCUUCUCGGUUACCGAUAGGAAAAGCUUGGAAGAACUAUAUAAAUUCCAUAGACAGAUUCUUCGUGUAAAAGACAGAGAGGAGUUCCCCAUGAUUUUAGUUGGUAACAAAGCAGACAUGGAACUUCAGAGGCAGGUUCUGCAAGAAGAAGGACAGCAGUUAGGAAGCCAAUUGAAAAUUAAGUAUUUUGAAACGUCAGCAAAACUGAGAAAAAACGUAGACCAAAUCUUUACUGAGCUUGUAAGAGCUAUAAGACAGUUUCAGGAGCAAGAAAGUCUUAUUUCAUCAGACCCAGCAAAGAAACCAGAAGAUGGGGAUGGCUGUCACUGUGCUGUGUCAUAAGAGAACUGGCUACCAAAAAAAACCUGCCAUAUUGUUUUAUUCUGUAUCCAAAUAGCAUCCUGUUUGGACAUUGCCUACUAGGAACAUGUGCCCAGGAUAGAUUGUGUCCAUCUUUCACAGUAAAACAUGUGCAAAAUCAGCAGCCAGAUUAAAAUGGAUAGAAGACUGAAAUGAUCAACGUCUCUGUUGCUGAUAUCUGCACAUUUUUCAGUAGUGUUGAUGUAACAUAAAGGGGAACUGUAUGAUUGACUGCCAAUUAGUUGUCUUAUACCACCACACUAUGGCACUUGUAUUGCUUCAUUGUGCUUUUAAUGUAUAUUUUAUAAGUCAUUGUCUGCCUGUAAUAUAACAAACACUUUCUUAUAGCUCAUAAGUGAGUUUUUUUAUAUAUAUAUUUUCUCAAAGUGGGCUACAGCUUCUUACUGGCUAUACUGCCCAACUCUAAGAAAAUAAUAUAUAAAAAAAAAAAAUAAUAAAAAAAAGCUCACACAGAAUCUGUGUGGAGAGUAAAUUUAUCCUAGGGGAAAGCAAGGUGUUUAGUAUUCUUUAUUGUAUACAACAGAAGUGAGUACACCCCUGUGUAAUAUCAUUUAAAUGUCAAUUGAUUCAAAAUUGUUUUACCUCUCAAUAAUUGCAUUAUUUCUAAGUUGACAAGUAGAGUAUCUCAAUGCAACAAAAGUGAAUACACUUGUGAUCGGUGACACACAAGUUAUAAAACUUGUGAUCAUUAGAAACAAAAUUGAGUACACCUGUGAUUUCCAAUUAGCCUAACUGUAUGAACAUGUUUAUAAAAUGACCUGUGAACAGCAGAACUUUUGCAAUUUUGGACCUAUGGGUUGUGUCUAUUCGCAUGUCUGCAUCAUGGCUACUCAUGGAAAAGAAUUGCUAGAGGAAUUGAAAAAUAUGACUGUGAGGAUACAGGAAGCUCAGUGAGCAACUAAAAAUCAAUUGAAACACAUUUGCAGCACUAAUCAGGAGUUGUAGAACAAGCCAUAGUACCACAAAUCAGAGUGUCCUCUUAAAAUUCUGCAGUGGACAGAGCGCUAUUUGUACAACCUACCUCUAAAAAAUAGACGGGCAACUGCUUCAGACUUGGCUCAGUGGAAAUUGGAGUUUUUGUGACAUCUCAGGAGAAAGACAUUACAUAAUGUAAUCUUCUAUGGAUAAUGUACAAGAGAAACAACCCUUGCUUGCUCUUCCGCACAAAACUGCAAGACUAACCUUUACUAAAGAACAUGAAAAGAAGCUUGAUGAAUAUUCGGAGCACAUACUUGGAUCACAUGAGACCAAGAUAAAUUUGUUUGAUUCAGAUGGGUUUCGGCUGGUUUGGCAUGAACCUGCCACGAUUAUUACAGUGAAUGCAUAAGUCCCAACAGUAAAGCACAUAGUUUAAUUAUAUGGGGCUGCAUGAGUGCAAGAGGUGUUGGGUAGAUGACAUUUAUAGAUGGGCUCUAUGUUUGUCUGUGGAGAACCUAUGAUACUGGCUGACUGAAUCCAAUAGGACAUCUUUGGGUAUUUUAAAGAGAAAGGAAGAGCAACACAACCACUCCAGCAAAGAGCAGCUGAAAAAUAAUUGUCUCUGAAUAAUGGCAGAAAUUUGUGCCACAGUGGUAUCCUCCAUGCCAAGGAGCAUUGAGUCUGUCAUCAAAUAUAAAUGUGGAGAUACAAAGUAUUGAAAUAAUGAAAGAUUUGAAUCUCAGUAAUGAAAGGUGCACUGAUGUGUUGCAUCAAGUUCCUACUGUGGUGCCGGUAUUUUUAAUAUAGUAAAUCUAAACUGUUAUUAUUGACAUUAGAUCAAAUACCUUAGUGUAAAACUUAGAAGUAAUGCAGUUACUGUAAGGAGAUACAACUUUGAAUCAUUUAACAUUUAAGUGAUAUUGCCCAGGGGUGCACUCACUUCUGUUGCAUGGUAAUUAAACACAAUAGCACAGGGUUUAAUGUGACACUAUUAACAAACUAAUAGGCAGAGAAUCAUACAGUUAAAUGUCCCUUUAAGAGCAAAUUCAGUUAGACAAGCCUAAUAAACAUUUUAAUCAUUGUUUUACUUUCUGAAAUGUUUUGAUAGACAGAUCUCUUCAGUUUUAAGAAGUUGACACUAACGUUCACCAUUUGUGCCAAUAUAUUGCCGCUUGUUUAUAGUUUGUAGCGUUAAUCGCUCUAUUAAAUAUGAAAUUGAUUUCUUUAUAUUUUUGUACUAUUAUACUCUUAAAAUCAAGGGUAUUCCUAGUCACAAGUAAGUGAUUUUUUUUUCGUUCUUACAGUCUUAUUCACAAGAGUUGAAUGAGACUGCUUUCAUAAUACUUGGUUACUUGAUCAUAUUGUUCAAUUGUAUAUUUGUUUUACUUAAUAUUUUAUUUAAUUGUUAGUUUGUUUAAAAUGUAUAGUUAGUUUAUAUUUUUGUUCUCCCUCUUGGGAUGUUAAUAGGUUCCAGGAACCCUAUUUAAUAUACUGUGAUUACCAUGAUAUGACUGGUAUAUAAAUUUUCUCCCAGUUGGAGAAGAUGGCUGCAUACAGUAUUCAUGUACACAAGUUGACUUUCUAUGAGAAUGAUUGGAGUUUUAUACUUUGUUCAGAGUUCUUUAAAUAAACACAAUGUUUUCAAUGCA